AUGCUGUCUGGGACGUGGCGACGCUCUGUGGGGCACCAGCAGCCUGCUGUGCCACCCGCGGUGAACGCUCGGGGUGUGACGUUGUGUGGCGUUCCAAGUGGCACGGUGGUUCUUGAAGCCCAAUAUGAUUACAACUACCGUGGUGCUGAUGGAAGGCAGGUUUGCAUUCGGGAAGGCGAGCGCUUCAUUCUCCUUAAGAAGACUAAUGCUGACUGGUGGCAGGUGCGGAGGAUAGGGGCCGCAAGUAAAACCAAGCCGCUGUACGUGCCUGCCACAUAUGUAACUGAGGUUCCUGUGGCACCCAUGCCCUCGCCCCAGCGCCUCAUCAUCUCAGCCUCGCUCAACUCCAACAUUCGCAUCUUGCCUCGUGUGGCACUCACUCCGAGCCCCACAGAAGUUGGCCAUCACGAUCAGCACCAAGCGAGUAAACCCAUCUACCGCUCCAUGGAGAACCUUAACUCCAAGAGUGCCUUCAGAGGUCUGGACACUGAUCGUGUCAUGGGUGGCGUCUGUUUCUCCCCCUUGACAUUUAUCUCCCCAUCAGGCCACCUCACGGUCCCAAGGGACUCCUCGGCCUCCCAGUCGGUGUCAUCCAACACUAGGGUGGUCCCCAUGAUCACUCGCAGUCAGAGCCAGAGCAACCUGACGGACAACGUGGUGGAGAACCCUUACGAUGAGGUGGGCGGAGGUUUUAGCAGCCAUGUCAACUACAGGCUCCCGAAGAAGUCCAGCAGUCAGUGGGAUAUGCUGGGAACUUCUGGAAAGAAAAACCAUUUACAAGUCCCAACAGAGUCCUAUCUGUCCCAGUUAUCCUGGCAAGAUUCGCCCCUUUAUCAUCAACCACAGGUAGUAGACAGGCGUCCCUCGCAAACGGAGCCCCCUUGCCCUGCCCCGGGCCAGCAGCCACUGCAGGUCCUGGAUUUGUGGGAGCAGUACGUGGACCCAUCUUCCCUGAGAAGCUAUUAUGUCAACAGCAUCACCAAGGAGAGAUCCUGGAAGCCUCCUCGGAGAGCUCGCGGAAGUUCCGGCGCCAACAAGCAGGUCAUUCCGACGCAAACCAAAACGUUACCGAGAGAAACAAGCCAUCUGACGUUGCCACUUCCUGCAACGGGCAAUGGGACUAUGCACAGGCUCUCACCCGAUUUCCUUUUUGGGAGCCACCAGAGGAAGACAGACAGCAGUUGGCGGAUGAAACAGAGCAUGCAGCGUGCUGCCUCCUCCGACACCAUUUGCACGAUGGCUCUCGAAACCACCGUCCCGACGUGUCACGGUUCGGCACCCCUGCAUGACACCAAGCAAAACCUCUCACACUCACAGUCUAUGAUCCUGCCCGAGAACGGCAAGCUGGUCCGGCAGUGCCGAGACUGCCCAUGCAAUGUGACCAAUAUUGUCGUUGAACCGCCAUCUCCUGAGAGCUCUCCAGACGGUGACGGCAACACUCCAGAGUUGGAGAAGGCUGGACUCUUGAACAAGACAAAAAUUGCAGAAGGAGGUCGUAAACUCAGAAAAAACUGGAGUCCAUCUUGGGUGGUGCUGGUUGGAAACAGCUUGGUUUUCUUCAAAGACCCCAAAUCACAGACACCUUCCAGUUGGAAACCAGGAAACAGUUGCCCCGAGAGCAGUGUUGACCUAAGAGGAGCCAAACUACACUGGGCCAAUGAGCUGUCCAGCAAAAAGAAUGUCUUCAAGCUGAGGACAGUGACAGGAAACGAAUUCCUCCUACAGUCAGAGACGGACUCUCUGAUCAAGGAAUGGUACCACACCAUCCAGAAUGUCAUUGAUAGGCUGGACCGUGAAAACCCACUAGACAACGUUUUGCUAUAUUCCUUGAGGAGGGCUGGGAGCGUGGAAAUGUUGGACCACAGCGGCGAUGAGGAUGACAGGAGAGCGUCUCUCCCUCGCUCGGCAUCCAACCUGGAGAACACUGAGAAGAAGAGGGUAAAAACCAGGCUGAAGAAGCUCAUCUUGAAGAGGCCGCCGCUACAGGCCUUGCAGGAGAAGGGGCUCAUUAAAGAUCAGGUGUUUGGCUGUCGUCUGGAGAUGCUGUGUGAGCGGGAGAAGAGCACGGUGCCUCGCUUUGUCAGGCUUUGCACCGAGACGGUGGAGAAGAGAGGACUGGACACUGAUGGCAUCUACAGGGUUUCCGGAAACCUGGCUGUCAUUCAGAAACUACGCUACCUGGUCAACCACGAGCGGGCGGUGACUACUGAUGGCCGUUACAUGUUCCCAGCAGAUUUGGUGCAAGAGGAGAAGCUCAACUUAGAUGAGAGCGAGUGGGAGGACAUCCACGUUAUCACGGGAGCUUUGAAACUGUUCUUCCGUGAGCUUCCUGAGCCGCUGGUGCCCUACGGCUUCUUCAGUGACAUGGUGGACACUGUCAAAAUGACUGACUACAAUGACAAAGUGGAGCGUCUGAAGAGCGUCGUACACAGCAUGCCUCAGCCCAACCAUGACACGCUGCAGUUCAUCUGCCGACAUCUCAAACGCGUUUUAGAGCACUCUGACACCAACCGCAUGACGACGCAGAACAUCGGUAUCGUCUUCGGCCCGACUCUGCUCCGUCCUGAGUGUGACAACGGCAACAUGGCGGUCAACAUGGUGUUCCAGAACCAGGCGGUGGAGCUCAUCCUCAACGAAUAUGAUAGCAUCUUCGCCCGGAGAUGUGGAGCGCAGCUGUCACUUCUCCCUUGA